AUGUUAGCCAGAUCUUUGAUAUCUAGGGCAUGCUUAUCGAAUUUGAGCAAGCCCAAUAUACUUGCGAUAAAAAGAGAUUUAUCCCACACAUUUUACGCUAAUGCUGCUCCUUUGAGAAGAUCAAGAUUUCAGCCAAUAAAAAAGGAGUCGGAAUCCGCAGCUGAAACUGCAACGGCGGCUGGUUCUAUUGAAGAGCUUCUAGAUACUAAAAUUGCAGAAAAGUUGAAUGAGGAAAAGGUGGUAGAAACUGCGAAAUCGAGUAAGAGUAAACAACAGCAUAAGCGGCCGCAAAAUAAGGACGUUAAGUCGGAGAAUGACCAACAAAAGCAGAAAGUCAAUGAUAAAAGGGCAGCUCAAGGUAGCAAAAAUUCUGAGCCUGAAAAUAUCCAGAAAAGAGACUACAAAAAUGAACAAAAGAGAAUCAAUUCAACACAAAAACCUGCCAAGGUUAGCAAGGUUAAAGUCAAAGCAAAAAAGAAAGCAGCUGAUAACCCGAAUUCACCGAAGUAUAAAUUAGAUAUACCAACAUUUUUGUCUGUUGCUAAUUUUGCCACCAUCUUGAAAGUUCGUGUGCCAGAGUUAAUCGAAAAACUAGAUGAUUUGGGCUUUGAAAACAUUACCAACGAGCAUAUUCUAGAUGCCGAAACCGCAGAACUAAUUGCCCAAGAAUAUGGCUUUGAAGUAAAUCGUGAUGAUAAUACUGGAGCUGAUCUUUUUCCCGCUUCUGAGACUACAGACUCAUCAAAACUUACUCCAAAAGCACCAGUUGUGACAAUUAUGGGGCAUGUUGACCACGGGAAAACUUCUAUUCUGGAUUAUUUAAGAAAGUCAUCCAUUGUCAAGGGAGAAUUUGGAGGAAUCACUCAACACAUCGGUGCCUUUGUGGUUCAGACACCUGUCAGUAAAAAGAAAAUUACAUUCCUCGAUACACCAGGGCAUGCAGCCUUUUUGAAAAUGCGAGAAAGAGGAGCAAAUAUGACGGAUAUUAUUGUAUUAGUUGUUGCAGCAGAAGACUCUGUUAAGCCGCAGACAGUUGAAGCGAUUAAACAUGCUAAAGGUUCUGGUGUUCCGAUAGUGAUUGCCAUCAAUAAAUGCGAUAAACCGGAAGCAAAUCCGGAUAAGGUUGUUGCUGAUCUUGCGUCCCAUGGAAUUGAUGUUGAAGAUUAUGGGGGAGAAACACCAGUUUGUAGGAUUUCCGCUAAAACGGGUCUUGGAAUGAAAGAGUUUGAAGAAACCAUUGUCACUGUUGCCGAACUACUGGAACUCAAGACAGAAGAAAGAGCCAAUGUUGAAGGCUGGGUUCUUGAGUCGCAAGUUAAAAAGGGACUGGGUAAUGUUGCCACUUUAUUAAUUAAGCGGGGGCAACUAAAACCAGGAUGUAUCCUUGUCAGUGGAACUACUUUUUGUAAAGUCAGGGUCAUGAAGGACGAACAUGGGAAACCUAUAAAGGUCGCCAAGCCAGCACAGCCUGUUGAAGUGUCAGGAUGGAAAGAAUUGCCGGAAGCAGGUGACUAUGCUAUUCAAGCCAAGGAUGAAAACUAUGCAAAGAAGGUUAUUAUUAAUAGAGAAAAGAGAAAGAGAAUGAUGGACGAAGCUUCACAGGUUGAAGAAAUGAACAAGCGGAGGAUUAAAUCUAUUGAGGACUCUAAGAAAAGUGAAAAAAUUCAGGAAUAUCAACUCCAGGGAUUUUCAUUAGAAGAAAUAAAAGAAUUAGAACCCGAUUUGUUUGACGAUGAAAGCAAUAAGAUCAAGUACGUUAAUUUUAUUAUUAAGGCUGAUGUUAGUGGUUCUGCAGAAGCUGUUCGUCAAAGCAUUGAAGGCCUUGGAAAUGAUGAGGUGAAAUCUCGAAUUAUAUUUGAAGAAGUUGGCGCUCCGACAGAAUCUGAUAUUGCUAGAGCAAAGGAUUCUGAUGCAGAGAUUUUGGUCUUCAAUACUAAGGUUCCGAAGGAUAUCUUGAACUCUGCCUCUAAAUCCAAAGUUGAGAUCAAAGAAUUCAAUGUUAUUUAUCAUUUGAUUGAACACGUCUUAAAGACCUUGACCUCAAAGCUAACGCCUAUCUAUGAAACAAAGGUUAUUUCCAAAGUAGCAAUCAAGCAGCUUUUUGAAAUAGGACUAAAGGGUAAGGAAACUAUGAUUAUUGCAGGCUCUCGAGUAAUUGAUGGUACAUUCAAAAAGAAUAGUCAGGUCAGGUUGGUCAGAAAUGGUGAAGUAAUUUAUACGGGUAAGGUUAAGCAAUUAAAAGUUGUCAAAAAUGAUGUUAACGAGGUAAAGAAUGGUGCGGACUGUGGUGUUUCUUUAGAAGGUGACCCGGAGAUGAAGGAAGGUGAUAUUAUUGAAGCAUUCGAACAGAUUCCAAUUCAAAGACACUUGUAG